GCGCGCACACGCUCGUCGGAGGGCCGCGGCUGGAGGCGGACGAUGGCGGAGCUGGGUGAGGCGGACGAAGCCGAGUUGCAGCGCCUGGUGGCGGCGGAACAACAGAAGGCGCAGUUCACUGCCCAGGUACAUCACUUCAUGGAGCUAUGCUGGGAUAAAUGUGUGGAGAAGCCAGGGAAUCGCCUAGACUCUCGCACUGAAAAUUGUCUCUCUAGCUGUGUGGACCGCUUCAUUGACACUACUCUUGCCAUCACCAGUCGGUUUGCCCAAAUUGUACAGAAAGGAGGGCAGUAGGCCGUCCCCUGGGAGACUGAUCUUAGAAGCAAAGGACUUGUUAAGCAGAUUGAAGGGCCAGUGGGGGAAGAUCGUCAGCCUGUUGUCAAGUGAACUUAAGGCUGUUACCAAGCCUAUUGGUGCUAAAAAGUAACAGAUCAAAUGUUCAAAAAGUGAAAUUUAUUUGGAAUUCAGAAAUUCCAUGUUUUAUCACAAUUACUCAAUAAAUGUGAAUUCUCCAA